CAUGGCUUCGUGAGUAUAGCAAACAAAGGUUAUACCGUCGUUUUAGGCUUACACAUGGACAGCAAUAUUCUCUUUCUUCCAUUUCGGAAGUCACAUAGUGUCAACCUCACAGAAGCCAUCAAGCAGUACAUAUCCUCUAAAUAUGACCAGCAUCCAGAUAUGUUCAAGGCCGACCUUGAGACCAUUGAGAAGCUACGAUCGACCGCCGUACACGCCCAAGAACCGCAUCCAAGCAACAUCCCCAAGCUACAGCAGUACGCAGCUCAGCUAGUAUGGCUGAGUGGGAAGUUCCCUGUCGACAUUGGCGUCGAGUUUCCUUGGUACCCAGCUUUGGGAUAUAACACAAGCCGCCUAGUGUCGCGCAACAACCUCCGCUAUGAACUCGCAAACAUCAUGUUCAACCUCGCCGCCAUGUACUCGCAGCUGGCUAUGUCGUCGAAUCGAAGCACACCAGACGGCCUCAAGGUCGCCGCCAACAACUUCUGCUUGGCUGCUGGUGUGAUAUCACAUCUGCGAAACACGGUGCUGCCUGAGCUUCGAACCGAACCUCCAGAAGAUAUGGACCUCAUGACGCUUGAUUGUCUCGAGAAGCUCAUGCUGGCCCAGGGUCAGGAGUGCUUCUGGCAGAAGGCUGUCAAAGAUGGCCUGAAGGACGCAACCAUCGCCAAGCUCGCUGCUCGAGUCUCGGACUUGUACAAUGAAGCGUGCGAGGCAGGCAUACAGUCUGACUCAGUCAGCAGCGAAUGGAUACACCACAUGACAGCCAAGCACCACCACUUCGCCGCCGCUGCUCAGUACAGGGCAGCUUGCGAUGUGUUGGAGAAGCGUAAAUACGGCGAAGAAGUUGCAAGGUUGAGGGACAGUCUCACGUGUGUAAACGAGGCCCUCAAAGAGCAACGCUACAUCAACAAGCUGGUGCUGGCAGAUCUCAAUGGUCUCAAAAAUAGGGUCAACGAAGACCUGAAGCGAGCAGAGAAGGACAACGACAUGAUAUACCUGCUACCCGUCCCACCGAAAGCCGAGUUGAAGAUACUGGACAGAGCGAACAUGGUCGUCUCAAGGGUACCGAAGGAGAUUGCUGAGUCGAAUGCGCUAUUAGGAGAGAAGGGCGAGCUUGGUCCUGCUCUUUUCUCGAAGCUCGUCCCUUACUCCGUGCACCUGGCAGCUAGCAUAUACGUCGAUCGCCGUGACCGAUUAGUCAACACUGCCAUUGUCGAGGAGCUCGAGAAUCUUACUGCUCAGAUUCACGAAGUGCUUCGCAGCCUCAAUCUGCCAGGAUCUCUUCAGGCUCUCGAGAAGCCGCUGGGUCUACCACCAGGGUUGAUGGCUCAUGCAGAAGAGAUUCGGCAGCAAGAUGGCAUUCAUCGACUUGAACGCUCCAUGGAGGACACCAAAAAGCUCAUGUACAGUGACCAGGCCGUGUAUAACGAGGGUGUAGACAUCCUCAAGUCAGAAGCGGUUGAAGAUGAGAACGCGCGACGACGCUACGGAACCGCUCUCUGGACAAGAGCGCCCGCAGAACAAGCUGCGCCUAAGCUUUGGGCUCAGAUCAAGGAAAUUGAUGGAUACUUCAAAGCUGCUGCAAACAGCGAUAACAUCGUCAAGACGAAGUUGAGGGAGAACGAGCACUUCAUCAAGCUACUCAGUGGACCUGAUCAUGACCUUGAAAACUACGUUCCUAGCGGUCGCCGCCCAGCCAUCACAGGUGAUGUUGAGCGAGAAGCUGGCAAACUGCGUGGGUGCUUCAACGAGGUGAGCCGCCUUGAAAGCAGAAGACGGCGGAAAAUUGAGGCUUUGCGAACCAAAGCAAAGCAAGAUGACAUCAAUCCUGAAUUGCUGCGCGAAGCCGCUCGCUUAGAGCGGGAGUAUCCCAUGCAGACAAUCGAGGCUGUACAGUUCGAGGGUCUCUUCGAUAGACGGCUGCAGAUGUAUGAUGUCGACCAGGACAUGGUACAAGAAGAAGAGGGGGAGCAAACAGAGGCAAUUAAGCGAUUACAAGACGCCAACGCAUCCUUCCUGAUCGCUCGCCGGGGCGAUCAAUCUACGAAGCAGCGCGAACAGGCCCUCCAAAACUUGGAGAACGCGUACUUCAAGUACAAGGAGAUCAUCUCGAACUCUGACGUUGGCCGGAAGUUCUACAACGAUCUUGCCAAGAUUGUCAACCGUUUCCGCGAUGAUGCACGCAGCUUUGCUUAUCAGCGGAAGUCUGAAGCAUCGCAGAUCGAGAGGUGAGUUUCUAGCUUAUACACUACAUCUAUUCGCCAGGCACUAACAACACCACAGUGAUCUAGCGACUCGAAUGAGUUCCCUGAACCUUCAGCAAGCGACUUCAGAAU